GCAAGGAAAAAGUACUCGGAAUUCCGACUGGACUCGGUUGGUAGAAUGGCCAUGGCCCCACUGCUGCAUCUGCUGCUCCACUGCGCCACCACCCUGCUGAUUGCCAACGCCCUGGUACUCAGUCCCCAGUUGCUGGGCUCUGAAAAUGAGGGAAAAUCCAAAGUCGGCUUUCCUAUCGACUUGGACGACGGGGUAGACGGCGUUGAUCUGCCCCUGGAGGUGGAACAGGAUGUGGCCGGGGAUCAGGCUGCGCCACGAAUGCAGCACUCCAUGCCGCCCGACUGGCUAACCUUCGACGAGCCGACUCCACCCGUCAAACAUCGCACUAGCCACAAGCCGCAGCUCAUCCUCAAGCAUCCUCCGACCAGUGGAUUCCACAAGCUCUCCUCCCACGGACACCGCUCCUGCCACGUGGAGGUGGUCAGCAAGGUGCAGGGUGUCUGCCAGACGAUGCCCAUGGGCAGUGCCUGUGUCACCGAUGACUACUUGGACCUCUACACCGAUGCCAACUGCUCCACUCAAUAAAGCGGUUCACUUUCGCAUUGAUUGAUUGAUUGAUUGAUUGUCCGUGUUUGUGUGUGUGUGUGAGCUUAGAUUUUGUGCGAGGAGGAGGAGUACGACUACCUGGUGCGCGAUGUCAGCAAAGCUUGCAUAAAUAAAUCAAUUUAAUAAAAUUUUA